AUGUCUAAAGUUAAUAAGUCUCAAUCACGAAAACUGAACACAGACAAUCAAAGCGCACUCACAAAUUUGGAUUUAACUGGUUUAAUAGACAAUAUUGUUGAGCGCGCCAAAUCCAGAAUGUCUUCGUCCAAUAAUAAUAACUCUGGAUUUGAAUUGCAAACGAACCCUGGAUCUGGGUCGCAAGAACCUGAAUUGCAAGAAUCUGAAUGUAUGCCUGGUGCUCAUGAAGAAUCAGAUCCAGAAUCAUCAGAAGAAUUUGGACCUGAAAUAGAAGCGCCAGAAGAACCUGAAACUGA